UUAAAAUUGACGCAGUUUGAGAAGUGGAGAUAUUUGUAUAGUUGUUAUUUAAGAUGCGAGCGUUGUAUUUGUCUCGCAGCGUGACACAAUGAAUCCUUUUGAAAAUAUUUCAUCAGGCAGUUUCAUAGGCUACGGAGACACACACUGUUUACAUGCUAACCCAACGUACCGGUGUUGAUGUAGUAAAGUGGCUGUGGUGGACUGUACGUGAAAGCAUUAAAAGCAUUUGCCUUCUAGCAAUAAUACGACUAAUAUUGCCGAGAGAAAGGCAGUGUUACCACUUUUUAAUCGGCCAGUUCUUCACAAUAAUUUUUGUCUUUCGUCUUACUAGCUAACAUGUACACAAGGAAGCUAACAUAAUGCUAAUAGCUAAUAAUUCCGUGGAUGCCCUAUCUGACGUUAAAGCAGUUGUUGAACUAAGGAUGUUUAUAAUUCUUCUAUAAUGGUUGUGGAGGUAGAAAGCUUCUUCGGUGUGUACAUGUUGUACUGCAUCAAUCCUAAAUUCAAAGGCCGUAUUUACAUCGGCUUCACUGUGAACCCUGAGCGCAGGAUCGGACAGCACAACGCUGGACGGCACAGAGGGGGAGCCAAGAGGACCAGUGGAAGAGGACCAUGGGAGAUGGUCCUCAUUAUACAUGGCUUUCCUUCUGAUAUUGCUGCCCUCAGGUUUGAGUGGGCGUGGCAGCACCCUCACUCCUCCAGGCGUCUCUCCCAUGUCUCCCGGCGCUCCAAGAAAGAGUCCAGCCUGCAGUUCCACUGGCGGGUCGUCUCAAACAUGCUGCGGGUGGCGCCGUGGAACAGACUGCCGCUAACGGCUCGCUGGCUGAAACAGGAGUACAGGAUGGACUUUGAGCCUAGUCUGCAGCCUCCGCUGCACAUCCCCAUUGCUUUUGGCAGUGUGAGAGCCAAAAAGAUGCUGCCUCUGCAGGCUGCAGGAGAGGAGGACAAGACAUCCACUUGUUCUCUCUGUAAAAGGCUGCUUAAGGAGUCAGAAAAGCUGAGCUGUUUCCACCCAUCCUGUGGAAUGAGCAGUCAUGUGAUCUGCCUUGCUAACCAUUUCCUGAAGUCAGAGCCGUCCCACCUCCUGCCAGUGGAGGGUGAAUGUCCGUCGUGUUGUCACUCUGUUCUGUGGGGGAGCCUCAUCCGCCAUAAGCAUGGCUGCUUUGGGGACCUAGAGGAGAUCACACUGUCUGCAUCCCAGGGCCACUGGGCAGAUGAGCUGCAGAUAUGAGGGAAUGGAACCUGCAAAAAUUAAUUUAUAUUUCCUUCUUAAUGAACUGGAACUGUGUUGCCACACGACCGUGUCAUAGAGAAUUAUAUAGAUUAUAUGUAAUGGAUAUGCUGUUUCAAACUGAACAGGAAGGUACAGAAAGUUGAUAAAAGCUGUCCAGUAGAAAUUUGUGCAAAUGCAACAUCUCAGGACUACAGGAUCCACUGGCUGUGUUCCAUUUUUAUCUUUCUGAUCAUGAAAUAUCUUUUUUCACCAUGUCUAAAUAUAAAUGUUAAAUGUAUUCAAUAUGUGUGAAAAACAUUUUUAAUGCAUUGUGUGACAAAUAAAAGAUUAUUUUGUAGUGUACAUGAAAUAUUUUCUGUCACAGUAGUACAGUAGUGAUGCUGAUCUGUGAAAGCCUACAGUCCAGUAGCCACUAUCACUCCUCGACCUUUUCAUCUGAUGGCAAAGGGAACAGUUUAGGGAACACUACUACUGGCCUGCCAGAUGGUCUCUGGAGAUUGUUUGUACUCACCUGUGUACUUGCACCUUUUUAUGUAUGACAGAACAAAAGUGACAAGCAGCAGGAAAAAGACUUCUAAAAUAUGCCAAAACAUAUUUAAUGUCUUCUAAAUUUUCUUUUGUGUGAAGCAAUAUUGGAAAAAAGAGACAGACUUCAUUCAGAAGUGCUAUGCUCAGCAGUUUGUCCCAUUUCAAUGCCUUGGUGCUUGCGAUAGCUGUGGCAGGAGGCAUUAUGUUUUUUAAGGUUGACCGUCUGUCUGUCCAAUUCUUGUGAACAUAUCUCAAGAAUGCUUUGAGAGAACUUGGACUCAAUAAUGAACUGAUUUGAUUUUGGUGAUAAUAAGUCAGAAGUCAAGGUCGCAAGGCAAGGUCAUCUAUGUUAUUCUUGUGAAUGCAAUAUCUCAAUACCUGAAGGGAUUUAAAAAAAAAAAUGGCACAAAUGUUCACUUGGAUCUAUCUUUGAAAUGAUUUGAUUUUGGUGAUCAAUGGUCAAGAUCACUGAACUGAACAUCUGUCUCAUUCUUGUGAGUGCGAUAGCACAAGAACAUUUUUAGCGAAUUUCCUGUGUCAUAUGGAUUACUGUUAAUUUAUCAUGUUGAUCUGUUCUGUACGACAUCUAUUGCACGUCUGUCCGUCCUGGAAGAGGGAUCCCUCCUCAGUUGCUCUUCCUGAGGUUUCUACCGUUUUUUUUCCCCCGUUAAAGGGGUUUUUUUGGGGAGUUUUUCCUUAUCCGCUGUGAGGGUCUUAAGGACAGAGGGAUGUUGUAUGCUGUAAAGCCCUGUGAGGCAAAUUGUGAUUUGUGAUAUUGGGCUUUAUAAAUAAAAUUGAUUGA